AAAGGGAAAAACUCGAUGACGUUUGGCGACACCACAGCCAAUGGCAGCCCACGGAGUGACUCGGGCGAACCGGAAGUCAACUGCAUAGCUUGUUUUCCCCUCACUGGCCCGCUUGUCACAUCGCGCCCCGGACAAGCCCGAGCGCAGCUCCCUCCGUCCCUCUGCGCACUCAACGGGACCGUCCGCCCUUCAGGCGAAUGGCCGGCUGCCGUCACGCGGAGACGACGCAUCCACGGCGUUAAAGCGAGGCAUGUGAAGAGGGAAACUAUGUGCUCCACGGAAACUAACGCGGACCUACGGCAGACACCGUCCGACCCGGCCCUGGUGCUGGAGCUGAAGACGAGGCGUCCUCCGGCCCUGGAGGGCCGCGCGGGAUGCGAGACCUGGAGCGUGGACUUCUCCCCGGACGGAGCCUGGUUCGCCUGGUCGAUGGGACACGGGAUCGUCUGGGUGGUCGCCUGGCCUCUGGACUCCGAAGACAGUCAGAACGGAGAGACCGACCGAGGAGACAAGAGCUUCAGUUGUGGCCACCCGGUGUGGGGCCUCGCCUUCGGGCCCCGCCCUCCGAAGUCAGCCGCGGCGGCGUGGCAGGCUAAAGCGUCGUCUAAAGGAAACGGCAGCCUGCUCCUGGCCACCGGCUUGGAGAACGGAGUGAUCAAAAUCUGGAGCGUGUUUACAGGUGACGUUGUAUUUGACCUCCAUGGCCAUGAAGGCGUCGUGAGGGACCUGGUCUUCCCUCAGAACGGGACGCUCACGCUCAUAUCAACGUCUCGGGACAAGACUUUGAGGAUUUGGGACCUGGCUCAGAAAGGUAAAAAGGUGCAGGUCCUGUCCGGCCAUAAAGACUGGAUCAGCUGCUGCAGCGUGUCCUCAGACUGCAGCAUGAUCGCCUCUGUCGGCAGAUUUGACCGAAUGGUGUGUCUGUGGAGUCUGCGGUCUUACACCUUCAUCAGGAACCUUGCAGGGGGGAUCCACAAGACCUUGUACCUCCUGUCCUCCUGCGACUUCUCCCCCGACGGGGCCGUGCUCGCCACCGCCGCCUUCAGCGGCUCCAGCUGGUGGGUCGACCUCUGGGACCCGUACACGGCCGAGAAACUGGCCACAAUGGCUGACUUCUUUGAUGAUUACGGGCAAAACCAAAUCUCGGCGAUACAGUUCUCUCCCAACGGCUUGCACUUGGCGAUGGUCACCGACGACAGAGCUCUGCGGAUCUGGGAGCCGGGGCAGCGAGGGAUGGUGAUGCAGACGAAAGCCGACCGAGACUCCAACGGGCUCUGCUGCAAGUACCACCCGAAGGGGGGAGUGGUCGCCACAGGAACCAGAGACGGCCACGUGAGGUUCUGGAAGGCGCCCAGGACGGUGCCCAGCCUUUGCCACCUGAGCCGGUCCGUCCUGCGCCACUCGGUCUCCACCCACCAGAUGGAGCCGCUGCCCCUCCCCAAGAGGAUCCUCCAGUACCUCACCUACAGGAACAUCCCCGAGACCUGCUGCUCCUCCUCAGACGAAGAGGACUGGGAACACUAACGCAAAGCAACAAGCGACAUUUGAAGCGACUGUUGUGAUCUUUUUUAUAUUUGUUUUGCCGAUUGAGAUGCUUUCACAGCUCAGGAAGCAUCGCUUAAAUUAAUCAAGAUGAAGGAUUCCCUUUAUUGCACUAAGAUAACGCAUAUCAUGUUCACUUGAAUAUCACAAUUUUAUAUUAUAAUUUAUUGUGUAAAUAUCUGAUGUAUUUCUGUUAUCAUAAAACGGCGCACAUGAGUGUUACCCAAUGCACUUUACCUGCACAUGCUAAUUGUUGAUAGAUAGAAACUGGACAUAAUGAAAUAGUUUUAUUAAACAGAUUCUAACACA